GUUUGGUGUAUCCAUGGCAGCAGAACUCUAGACGAUCACUUCGACGGCUCUGCUGCUUUAGGAUGAGUCAGCCUUGUAAAUACAGCAACAAAGUUCUCAUUGGUAAUUGGGCAGAGGAGAGAUUACAUUUCACUCGGGACUGCGAGAUGGCGAACAGCAGCUAUAGGAUGGACUACAUGCCCCACAUGCCACACAGGCCUGAUGCUGUCAUGUGCCAAAGGGCAUUUCGCAGAUCAGAGGGUCUUCCCUUAAGGCAGUUAUUUUCUCACCAUGACGUCCCCUCCUCCCACUGCCUGGUGUCACAGUAUGAUGAGUCGUACGGGCGACAGGCCUCCUCCUCUCUGCCCACACUGCACUCCUGGAACUCUUUCAAACUGGCCAGGGUCCCAGAGAGGUCAGAUCACCCAAUCCAAGGCCCCCCUACUAAUUUUGGCUUGGCGGCUUCUUGGCGGGCUCGCAUGGAACAACAGCGGGCAGUUGUGCCCACACUAAGUGAGUAUAGGGCUUCAUACCCUAUGCACCCCAUCAGUGCCUUCUGCUAUUCUCACCAUGUCAGCAUGCCCAAGCGCUUCUCCAGCAGUCAGCUCCCUGCCAACCUCAGCAACAAGGACCUGGCACUGAAACACAAACCCUGCAGGCAGGUGUCCAGUAAUCCAGCCAGCCUGCUGUGACCCUUACCCCACCUUCAGCCCUCCAGUACCACACAGACUGGCCCUAACCUGGGCAGAGCGCUCGGAGUACCAUGUUUUAUUGAUUAAUGUUACCUAAAACCAAAGAAGCAGGAGCAUUUUGCUGUGUUUGCACAAAGAUAAAUAAAAGAUAUACAGAGCAGUGUGGUCUAAAAGUUCAAAUACUUUUAGUAUUUAAUGCAUUAGUUACAUUAUAUUAUCAGCACUUUAAUUUAUUAAAGUGAAAAGCUGAACUGACAGCAGUACUCUAGCUGCAUGAACUCCACAAGUGUGUAUAAAAAUUAUGUUCUUCAGCAUAAUUUGAGAUGACCCAAACAGCAGCUUGUGCUUUAGUUGGAUAAUCAAACUUUUGAAUCCCGCUGAAAUAAUAAUGGUCAUCAGUAUUUAAGAGCUUUACAGGUUUUGGUGUGUAUUUGCAGGUCUAUUUUUCUAAUGCACACUAUAGUGAGUGAAAGAGAACCCAACUGUGUUAACCAAAAAAUAACCUGUAAAGCCCUUUCUCAUGAUAUGACAUGCUUCAUUAUUUCACUAAAAUAGCAUUGAAUCAACAAUUAAUUUGAUUCUGUCGUACCCACAGUGCUAGUUCAGAUAGCUGAGUCAUUCAUCGACAUACUCUAAGGGGACUUUCCUAACUCCCAUCCCAUUAAGUGUUUAAUUAUGUUGAAUCAAAGUGUUUAAUUACAAGGAAUCGGAUGCUAUAUUUUACGUCCAACCAUCUGUUCACACUCCUCCUGCUGUGUAAGUUUUAUCCCACUGUGUUCUUCUGCUAGUCUGUGGAACGUUCCAGCUAUGUGUCUUUUUGCAUAUGUGUAACUGAAUUAGUUCUGUUGAGAUUCCAUCAGAACUUGAGAUCUCCCCCACAUGAUGGUGCUAGAGUUACACACAGAGAGCAAUGAGACGUCAAAGGGAAUUGCAUCACAGCACACACUCCUCUGCAUGCCUGCUUUCUUUGAUCAUAUAUGCAUACGCGAUUGUCACGGUGAUUGGAUUGUAUACUUUCAUUAACAUAAAUUGAUUAUGUGAUCGCUUUGCUUUUGACAGCAUAAUUGCAUUUAAAUUUAAUUAAGAUCCUGGUCACACGAACCCCUUUUGCUGCAACCACACAUUUUGUCAGAACUCAUUAUAUAUUGAAGUCAAACACAAGAACCAAGACUCACUUAUAAUAGAUGAGAAAAUUUUAUUCCCUGUUCUUCAGAAGAUAGAGACAGAAAAAAGUGCAUGAAAAGGCAAAGCAUUAGAUUCUUCCUUCCUUACCCAUUAAGUCAUUAGUUCUCUCUAUAUUGUUUAAUGGAAUACACAAAGAUAAACGUUUCUUCUGGGCUCCCCAAAGUGCUUGUGAUGUUAAACUGUCUUUGCAAAGAACCACACAGUGUUGACAUAAAAUGCUUUAAGAAAUUAAAGAUGCUUCACGAGUAAAGCCAUUGACCUGAAAGAAAUCCACUUCUUGUGACAAG